ACGAUCUUUAAAAACCGUGCAGCUUCCCUAAAAACAUUCUCUCAUAUGUUUGGAUCAUUAAACCCUUUGUAAAGAAAAUUCACAUUUGCACAAUGACAGCUUACAAACUCACACAACUAUGUCAAAUUCUGUGUUAGUUAAAAUGAGAUUAAAUCCAGCUUUCAAGCAACAAACAAACAAAAAAUAACUAAACUGAAGCUAAAGUGAUUCUGCCCCAACAAUAUUUGAAACCUCAUCUGGACUUCAGCCCCAUGUGUGCUGUUGAAGUGAUUUAAUUCAGACAAGGAUACGUGUGACCAUGUGGGUUUAUCACACACAGAUAAGUGCAGGGGUGGCGUCUGUUUUGUGAUGUGAACCAGGGACCAAAGUCCAGGUGCAACUACGCAAGGGAGAAUGAUAUUUACUGGAUUCCCAAUCUGAACUCCGCAAUCAUGUUUGCCUUCAGGUGCAAGGACAUUUGGGUAUAACAUUUCUACGUCACGUCAUAAAGUAAGCAUUCUUAUUUUUAGACAUUUCAAAAAAAGUUUGGGGUGUCCCCAAGGAGGUUCUCCAAAUCGUAGCAGGCUAAAACAACUAAACUUAGCCGAUUUGCUAAAGAGUGAAGGAUGGAGUGGAGAUGCUGGCUGCCAGCCGUGGCUACAGCGCUGCUGCUCUGUACGACUGAAGCAGACAAGGAACAUCUCCAAGCUGAGAAUCUCAGCCUCCUCCCCGUAAAUCAGCACAACAAGGUCCUGAACCGUGGGAUGAAAGUGCUGCCUAGAGAUUGCUAUGACAUGCUGAUAGCGUCCUCGGGCACGGCCAGAGACGGAGUUUACCUGAUCCAACCACACGACUCCCCCAUUGUGGCCUACUGUGCCAUGCAGGAAGGAGGCUGGACCAUAGUCCAGCACAUAACUGUUAACAGCAGCGUGGAUUUUGAUCGCACCUGGGAUGAGUACAAGAAUGGCUUUGGAGAUGUCACAGGGGAUCACUGGCUUGGGAACGAACACCUCCAUCAGCUCACUCGUGGCCCCGCCCGCUAUAAACUGGGAGUGAAGCUUGUAGACCAGGAUGCAGUCACCAAGACGGGAGAGUAUGAUCCCUUUUUGGUCGAAGAAGAAUCCACCGGCUACAGGUUGAGGUUAGGGUUAUUCCAGGGCACAGCUUUGGACGCUCUGACCCUGGACACAGAAAAUUACCUUCACGACAACCAGAAGUUCACAACUAAAGACAGAGACAAUGACAACUACUUCCAAAACUGUGCCAAGCUGGAGUUUCAAGGUGUGCCAGGAGGGGGGUGGUGGUACGACGCUUGCGCUGGGGCAAAUUUGAAUCGUAGGAAUGUUAUUUACUGGCAAAAGGACUGCAACAAGGAGAGACUGUGCAAGUACGCGUGGAUGAUGGUGAGACCUUCAGAGACGGUUAAAGUGAUUCACAGUGGACACUGCAGGAAGGAGGAGCUCUGAAGACGUUCACAGGAUUUGCAUCAAAUUAAACUCUAGAUAUAACAAUCCA